AUGGCUCUCAGUAGGCUGAUACUGACCGCUGCUAUUCUCGGCACAACCUACGGGGCUGCUAUUAGCAACACCACUCGAGUCCUCGACCUACCUCCUCGUUACCACAAUGGUACCGUCAGCGUUGAGCAUCUCUCGGUGGCGGACAACCUCGAUGGGUUCAAGAUGCUGACCCCGGCUGCCAAGAGUUCAGCCGACUUUUGGUACUUUGACGUCGUUUCGAAGUCCACUAACCAGACUCUGAACAUCGUCUUCUUCAACUCAGGGGAGUUUGCACAGUACCCGCAUCCACUCGCGGUUCAAGUUUCAGGAGUCUACCCGAAUGGGACAGACUUCUACUUCGAAGCUAUGGCCGAUGCCGGGGUCCACCUCACCAACGGUCCCCGUGGUAUCACUGGAGACUGGGAAGGUGUUGGAUCCUUCACGGGAACCUCGUUGGACAAGCCUGAUGUGGAGUAUACGAUCAACAUCAACUCCGAGGACAUGGGCAUCUAUGGCAGCGUCUCCUUUAAGGCCACUGCUCCGGCCCAUUACCCCUGCGACCUGAAUGGCGCAGUUGGCGUCAACCAGAACCUCUUGCCAGGACUGUACUGGGCUAACGCUGUCCCUGAUGCCGAGACUAUGGUAGACCUCGUCGUUAAGGACACGGUUAUUGCCUUCGAAGAUGGUAUUGGAUAUCACGAUAAGAAUUGGGGCAACCAGUCCAUCAUCGACGGUCCUCGUUAUUGGGACUGGGGCCACGCUCGCUUCGGUCCCUACUCCAUUGUCUGGUACAACCUUCUCGACUAUAGUGGCAAUGAGAGCAGACGUUCCUAUGUUUCAAGAGACGGACAAGUUCUUCUCGUCAGCUGUGACAUGGCGAGCAUGGAAGUUCGCCAGAAGGGAGGAAAGGCAGCUUGGCCUCCUACCACUGGACUGCUGGAGACCGAUGGCCUUUCCAUCAAGUACAAUCUCACAAACGGCGACGUGAUGGAGGUUGAUGUCUCUACUCAAUUCAUUGUCAAGGAUGAGGAUGGCAUCUAUCAGCGCGCCAAUGGUCUCGUCAAAGGCGGUAUUGCUGGACAAGAGACUUUCGAGGGUCGAGGUCACUUCGAAGAAUUCAUCUUUGGGAUCGUUAAAGACUACACCCCACAGGUCUAA